GCCGCGACGACAGAAAAACGAACACUUGGUUGUGAAUUUUGGUUCAACUUUUAAAUCCGGAGGAGAAUAAUGAAAGCCGGCGGUGGAUUGGUGUUCGGAGCUCCACGCGCCGCUGCUCUGCCUACGCUAUUUCUCAGUCGCCGCCGCAGUGCCACAUUUCGAUGCUACUCUUCUUCUUCUUCUUCUGACCAUGUUUCGUUUAUAAAAGACAUUGCUGUAGCUCAACCUCCUGAACACCUGCAUCACCUUCUAAAGAUGCUUCAGGUGAGAGGUGAAUCUAUAAUCUCCCCUGCUAUGAAACAAGGGAUGAUUCCCCUAGCAAUCCCUCUAUCAAAAAACAGCCUAGGUUCUGUAACAGCAUUAUUGAGAUGGCCAACUGCUCCACCUGGGAUGGAGAUGCCAGUGGUGGAGGUCCGUAGUUAUGGAGUGUGGCUUUUGGCCAAGAAUGUAGACCAAUAUAUUCACAGACUAUUAGUUGAAGAGGAUGCUAAUGGAGGCAUCAAUGAACUGUUUCAUGCUUCAGGUGAAGUUGGUGAAAAACUCUACACAAAGGGCGAUUUUGGUAAAUCGCGCAAGCCAAAUUUGGAUGUGUACCUUCUUCAGAAGGUUGGCCUUUUUCCAGACAUCCUGGAACGUAAAGUGAUGGAUCAUUUCAAGAAAGGAGAUCAUGUUUCAGCGAUGGUAACUGGAGAAUUCUAUACCAAAAAGGAGCAUUUUCCUGGAUUUGGACGCCCUUUUGUUUUUAAUGCCGAGAUUUUGCUCAAGGUUGGACGUAAAAUAGAAGCCAAAGAUGCUGCAAGAGGUGCACUAAAGUCGCCAUGGUGGACUUUAGGUUGUCCCUAUCAGGAAGUUGCUGACAUGGCGGAAUGGGAUGAUGAGCAAAUUGAAUUUAUAAAAGAAAAGGUGUCAGAGGAAGGGAAACAAGAAGAUUUAAUGAAAGGCAAAGAUGCUGCCCAGAUUUCGUUAGAUGAAGCUGCUUUUCUUCUGGAUUUGGCAUCGAUUGAGGGCACGUGGGACCAACAAAUGGAACGGAUUGCUGAAUGUUAUAACGAGGGUGGGCUCCCAGAAAUUGCAACAUUUAUCAAAUAUAGAGAUUAAUAAUCAACUUGGACUUUAUAUUUAUAUUUGGGAGUUUCUAUAUUUAGAAUGUAGAGUCAUGUUGUAAACCUUGUUGAUUUUUUUUUUGAGGAAUAUACAUAAUACAUAAUGAUAGUUAUGGUUGAGAGAUCUUUAUAUGUGUUUGG